CUGGUACAGUCUUGAUUUGGGGGAUUCCACCAGCCGCCUUCCCAGUCUUCGAAUUCGCACGCUACGCUUUCAUUGCCGCGGACUGCUUCGCUCGAUCGAUUCCUUUCGUGUUGCCGAGGCAAAGAGACUAUCCCGGCCGGGGCGCAUUUGGGUGGAGGGUGGGAGAACGGUCGGCUGUCAUUUGGAAUUGAGACCGACUCGGAUCAUCAACAUCUCUCUCGGCGACCUGGAUUCAAUCAUCGUCGUGAGAGAUCUCUUGCCGUUGGAAACCCGAUCGCUCUUGACGAUAUUUUACGACCUCUCCGCGACCAGCCAUCAUUAGCUUGAAUACCAUACCUCUCAAAGACCUCUCAGUUCUCGAAAACAUAAAUUGCCAUGGCCCCAGAAGGCGGACGUGCGCCUGCUUCUGCUGCGUCGGCGCCCACCUCCGCGGCCGCGUCCGCGACGAGCGGGGGCGGCGGCAGCAGUAACUCCAGCGACUUCGUUCGUAAGCUCUAUAAGAUGCUCGAGGACCCUGCAUAUUCAAACAUUGUGAGAUGGGGAAACGAGGGCGACACCUUCGUCAUACUAGAGACUGAUAAAUUCACCAACGACAUCCUCCCUAAACACUUCAAACAUAGCAACUUCUCUAGUUUUGUGCGACAAUUGAAUAAAUAUGACUUCCACAAGCUACGACGAAAUGACGAGAACCACGAAUCGCCAUAUGGGAAGCAGGCGUGGGAAUUCAAGCAUACGGCCUUCCGAGCUGAUAGGAAGGAUAAUUUAGACAACAUCAAGCGCAAAGCCCCGGCCCAGAGGAAGAGCCAGGUUGCCGAGGACGCCUUUGCGACCAACCAGUCUAUCAACCUGCUUCAGGAGACCCUAUUCGCACAGCAGCAACAGGUCCAGGCCUUACAGGAACAGUGCGUCGACUUGUCGCGCGCGAACAAGACGCUCUUCCAUGAAGUGCACUCGUUGCAGAAGAUCGUGGAAGCCCAUAGGCAAUCACAGCAGGAGCUGCUGAAUUUCCUCGCAAGCCCCGACGACCGAUGGCGCAACAACAGGUACCAAAGCCAAAACUCGGCGCAUAUUAACGGCACCACGAUGGAGGAGGCCCCCGAGCUACGUCGAGCCCGGGAGAUUUUGACCAACGUCUCGACCAACCCCAUGGUGGACCGAGAGUUUGAGAGACUGAACGGGAUAUACGCUCAGGGCUCGCCGCCGGACUCGGCAUCGUCGCUUAUAUUCCAUGCCACCGGGUCCAUACCGGCCAUGAUGGGGGAACAAAUGAACAUGCGCCACCUUGUAUACCCAGUGGGCGAGAACGUCGGCAUCGAUCCCCUCUCCCAAGAUCACUUCAACAACAUCCCGUACACCCUCAACUCGUUGCCUACGGUAAAUGAGUAUCAAGCCCAGAGCACCGUUAAGACUGAGACAGGGCCAGCGACGCCGGCGGCCCCGCCAAGCGGCCAGCGAUCGGCGACGCAAGACAAUUCGCUAUGGGGAGCGAGGAAACCGAGGGUGUAUCUGGUAGAAGACGAUCGGACCUGUUCGCGGAUCGGAUCCAAGUUCUUGACCCAGAUGGAUUGUCAAGUCGAGCUUGCGGAAAACGGAGUCCAUGCUGUCAACAAGUGCAAAGAGGUGGCGGCCGGGUAUUUUGAUCUCAUCUUCAUGGACAUCGUCAUGCCGCACAUGGACGGUGUCUCGGCGACGCAGUUGAUUCGCGAGGUCCACCCGGACGUUCCUGUUGUUGCAAUGACAUCGAACAUUCGGCCUGAGGAUAUAAGUCAUUAUUUCAAUUGGAGUCUCAAUGAUGUACUCGCGAAGCCCUUCACUAAAGAUGGGAUGCUACGCAUCCUCAAGAAGCACAUCCCGCACUUGAUGAAGAACCCGCCGACCGACGAGCUUGCCGUACAACAGGGCAACCCCUCGAUUCCGAACAUAGCAAUGCCACCGGGGAUGAAUCCUCAGGUGCGCGUGGACACGCCGAGUCAGUCGCCGGCGACAUCUGCGUCGUGGCACUCGCCGGGACAGAUGCACCAGCAGUCUCCUAACGUGGCCAACAUGGAACCUGGAUAUGCCAUGGCCAACACGCAUCAAAUGGUCGUGGGACCGGGUUCCGCCCAACGGUCAACUUUCCCACAUCUGCAACAAAUGCGGAUGGCUGCGGAUGGAAUGACAGGCGACGAUCGGCCCGAGAAGCGACAGAGAUUAUACGCACCAGGAGGUGGAUAUACCCAAUGAUAACAAAAUGGGACAAGGGUUGGAGUAUUUGAGUGGAGGGGAGGGUCACAGAGAUAUUUGUUCUUCCUUUCGUUUCUUUUCGUUUCUUCCCCCCCCAUUUUCUCCUUUUGUUUCCCCACUCCGUAUAACGUUCAGCUGCUAGGUGCGGCUGCUGGUGAAACGUCCGGCAUCAUGCUAUCUAUACCUUGGGCGGUUCGGCGUUGGC